AUUUCCUUAAACACUCCAAGUUUCAUUAACAUCACAACCAUUCGUAGAUCGUUCGUAAAAAGCUUUCUCGUCCUUUUCAUGAUAUUUCAGAAAACCCAAAGAUGGCUUUAUUCCAAAACAAUGUAGCAGUGUUGCUGUUAUAUGUUGCGCUGAUUGAGAGCUGUGCGAGUGCACCCGAGAAUUGUACAAGGGAUAUAAAAUUUGUAUCGGAAUAUAUACGUCAUCUACACAGGCUUGUUGGUGAAUGGGUGCUUAUCAAUUGCACAGUUAAUUACCAUGACAUUAAUGUUCAACUUUUGGAUGGAAACGAGAAGCCUUUACAUGUUGAGAACAAAAACAUUAAAAUUGUAGUAAAAAAUAUCUUCAAUGUGACAAAAGUAACACAAGACCACAAAGAGUACAUCUGCCAAGCUUGCAAUGAGAAAAGAACUAUACAGAUCAUCCCUCACAAAAGUGUGCCAUCCUAUGCGAAUCCUUCAAUUACGGUAGAACCAAAAAAACCCGAAUAUGAUCUUGGUGACAAGGUUUCGCUAGAUUGCAAUAUUGCUGGUAUUCAAUUCAUAUAUGCUUCCCGAUACUAUAGAUUUUUUUGGAAGAGUAAUGGAAGAAACAAAGAAAAAUGUGAAACAAAAAACCGAAAGAACUGUAAAAUAACGUUUAAUAUUACCGCAGAAUCUGAAGGAACCUACUUAUGCUUGAUAGAAAGAAAGUAUGUUAAUUAUAAAUCAUACAGAAGCUUUACUUUGAAAGUCAAAGAGCUUGCCAGACCCAAAAUUUACAUUGAAAACGACGCAGACGAGUUCUCACUUGGUGAAGGAAAGAAUUUGACGUUUACCUACAACGUUACGUCUUAUCCUGCUGCCGAUAUCUUUUGGUUGCGUUUGAAAUAUGAUGGAUCAACCUAUCAGUCACUAACAAGUUGUUCUGCGCAUGAAAAACACUGCAAAAAUCAUGACGGACAAGAAAAAAUUACAAGAAACAAGUUCGAAGUAAAGUCUGUCAGAUUUCCUGAUGACAGUUUAACCUAUCAGAUAAAUGCUAGCAAUAUAAAAGGAAAUGAAAUUAAGAAGAUUUCAAUAAAAAAACUAGUUGUACCUGAAAUUGACAUUAAAGACACUAAAAGAUUUUUAAAGAAAGGAUUUUCGGUCCUAAACUGUACGUUGAAGAAGAUAUUUGACCUACAAGAAAUAACCUUCAAAUGGUACAAGUGCCAAUCUCAUAUCUGUCAUGAUCAUAAGAACGAGAUGGAAUAUAUUUCAUCAAACUAUUCUUUAACAGUAAAGGAGGGCAGGUAUCGCUGUACUGCCAACAAUAGCGGUGAAAUAGAUACAUCACCAAUAAUAACAGUUACAAAAGAAUCCGAACCAAAAGGUACAACCAAUGGACAGAAGAAAACAAUGAUGAUGUUGGUCAUACCUAUAGGCGUCCUCACUCUUGUCAUUUUGGUCAUUACUUCUUAUGUAUUGUACAAAAGGAAGAAAAUUUACGGUGGUUUUUAUCUCCUUUCUUAUCCUCCAUUGCCUGACUACAUAGAAAAGAUUGAUAUGAAUGGAGAUAUAGUUAUAGAGAAAUAGAUAUAUUUUGACGUAGUUUGGAUCCGCCACUACAUGCCACUGUCACUGAUUUUUGUUCUGAAUUUUUAACCAGUCUCUGACGUGUUUUUCACUCACUUCACUGUAGCGAUUUUACUUUUGGAGUAGUCUUCUUCUGAGAAUAAUUGCCGACACCAUUCCACGACAUGACAAUGUCUUUGGCAUAUUACUUGUUUUUUUUAUCUUGGUCGAGUUUCAAGAAAACAAGACGACGACUUUUGGAAUUUGUUUUAUUUUGUAUUUCGUAGCUAGCCCAGAUUCUUCUGAUCAAAUAAAUAGCUCUUCGUUUA